AUGCAUCGCCGCGCCGAGCAAUCCGACGACUUCAAUGGGGACCACGAACCCGCCGCGCCGUCUAGGUACUCCGUAGACGAGGAGCCCACCGAAUCGACGCCCCUCAUCGCCGGCGAUGGCAGCCCACGCCGUCCCGGCGCCGGCCGUGGCCGCACCGACUCCCUCAUCCGCGCCGCCAACACCAUCCACGUUCCCAAGGUCCACAACCCGAACGUCAUCGUCGGCAUCUUCUGCGCCAUUAUCCUGCUCGGGUCUGCCGCCGGCGGGCUGUGGACCAUCCCCACCACCCGUAAGGUCGAGGACAUUGUCUGCCGCCAUUACUAUGACGUCCUGAGCAACGAGAACAUAGACGAGAGCCUCUGCAAGGAGGACGCCAUCCAGUCCAAGGUUGCGUACAUUUUUGCGGUGUAUAGCGCCCUCCAGGCCUCCAUCGGCGCCAUCUGUGCAUUCCCCUGGGGUAUCGUUGCUGAUCGCCUCGGCCGCAAGAUGGUCUUCUCCCUGACCAUCUUCGGCAUGGCACUGGACCAAGCUUGGUUUGCUACGGUCUGCGCGUUUCCCCGGGUGAUUCCCCUGGAGGCCCUCUGGUUUGGCCCCUCGAUGCUCAUGAUUGGCGGUGGAAAUGCGGUUCUGAGCGCCAUCGUGCUUUCAAUGCUCGCCGACGUGACAACUUCCGAGAACAGGGCAAAGAGCUUCAUGCAUGUUCACCUGGUGUCAAUGAUUGGCAACCUGUGCGCCCCCGCCAUCGCCGGCUGGAUGAUGGAGAAGACCGGCCCUUGGCCCGUCAUGGGGUUGGCGUUUGGCCUCUUUUCGACCUUGAUAUUCACCAUCCACCUCAUUCCCGAGACCAAGCCAGCUGCCCAAGUAUCCGAUGACCCGAUUGAGGACGAGCCCGAGGUCGAGUCUCCCGCGCUUGGGGCCAUACAGCACACAAUCCUCCGCCUGAAGGAGUCCUUGGCGCUGUUCAAGUCGCCGUCCCUCAUACUUCUGCUUGUAGCGAUGCUCACUUCUUACCCCGUCAUGCUGUCGACGCUGCAGUUCAUGUCCAUCUUCGCCUCGAAGCGAUACCACGUCUCGCUGUCGCAGACAGGCUACCUGUCGUCCCUGUAUGGCACGGGCGUCUUGCUUUCGAUCGUGCUCAUCCUGCCGGCCUUCUCGAGGCUCCUCGCAUCCACCAAGAUGCCCAAGUCGCUGCGCCUGUCGGACGACCACCAACGCGACCUCUUCCUGGCCCGCCUGUCCUCCGUGGCGCUGUUGAUCGGUUCCCUGAGCAUGUCCGCAUCGCCAACGGUUGGAUCCUUCAUCGGCGGCCUGGCCAUCCUGUCGCUGGGUACCGGUUGGGGCAGCUACGUGAAGAGCGUCAGCAACGUCUACGUCGACGCGGCGCAUCGCACCCGGCUGUUUUCCAUCAUCUCGCUGGUUGAGACUGCUGGACAGACGUAUGCGCAGCCGUUGCUCGCAGGCCUGUUCAGCCUGGGCAUGAAGAUGGGAGGGCUCUGGAUCGGCCUGCCCUACUUGGGUGUCGCAGCGUUCUGCUUGAUCGCGCUAACUUUGUUGCUCAUUGUUAGACUACCGCCGCCCGAGGGCAAGGUCCCGGAGGACGGUGGCGAAAGCAAUGCGCCCGCCCAACACUAA